CAACAGCCUAAACUUUCCCUGCGAAACUGGACGCCGCGCUUAUCCAGUUCCGGUACUAAUUGGUCUUCCCAUCUAGAUUCUUAUUCAACCCAGACAGAAGGGCGGUGAGUGAGAGACUGGGGAAAGAGGCAAUCGGGAGGAGAAGCAGGCAAGGCGCGGACAGUACAGGCUCCAUCUUGGUGCCCCUUACAUCAAUUGGAAGAGAAAAGUUUGUGAGUUGCGACCCCAAGUUUGGGGGUACCCUGACUUGCGGCGUCGGGUGACAGAGGAGGCUAGCUGGAGCUUUCCCCAUGGAGCACACCCAACCUGCCGAGGAUCUCAGCCUGACCCAGCAGCCUUCAACCCCAGAAUUUGGGGACCCCGAAGACCCCAGGGACGAGGCCCCUGACAGCUCAGACACUGUGGUCCUCAGUCUCUUCCCCUGUACCCCGGAGCCUGGGAAUCCUGAGUCAGAUGCUGGCAGCCCCUCACCUCAAGCAGGCAGCUCCCUGAAGCACUCAACGACCCUCACCAACCGGCAGCGGGGCAAUGAGGUCUCGGCCCUGCCAGCAACCUUGGACUCCCUGUCCAUCCACCAGCUUGCAGCCCAAGGGGAGCUGAGCCAACUGAAGGAGCACCUGAGGAAAGGCGACAACCUCAUCAACAAGCCAGACGAGCGCGGCUUCACCCCCCUCAUCUGGGCCUCUGCCUUUGGAGAGAUCGAGACUGUCCGCUUCUUGCUUGAGUGGGGUGCCGACCCCCACAUCCUGGCCAAGGAGCGGGAGAGUGCCCUGUCACUGGCCAGCACCGGUGGCUACACGGACAUCGUGGGGCUUCUGCUGGAACGAGACGUGGACAUCAACAUCUAUGACUGGAAUGGAGGGACGCCGCUGCUGUACGCCGUGCGUGGGAACCAUGUGAAGUGCGUGGAGGCCUUGCUGGAGACCCUGGAGGUGGAGAUCCCAGUGGCCACAUGCAUCAAGUCAGGCUCUAGUCCAGGGCCACACAGCUACCAGCAGACCCAUGGCUGCGUGCCCGAGGAGCUGAUCUCACCACUGAGGCAGACUCCGGCUACACCCCGAUGGACCUCGCCGUGGCCUUGGGAUAUCGGAAAGUGCAACAGGUGAUCGAGAACCAUAUCCUCAAACUCUUCCAGAGCAACCUGGUGCCUGCCGACCCCGAGUAAACACUGCCCACCAGGGACUCAAGACACUCAGGGAACAAAAUGGUUGACCCAGAGCUGGGGGAACCCAGAACCAGCUUCAAAGGCAGCUCCUGGACAGAUGGUGGGAGGGAGCCCUUUCCAAGAGGAACCAAUAAACCUGUGCAGAACUUGAA